ACUGCGUGUGGUCUUUAAGGCACCAGCUACUGGUCCCCAGUCCGGCUCUGGGAGGCCUUUGGUAGGAAUUGUCUUUAAAACGCGCUUGAGCAGAGGCUCGUAACUAACUCCUGGUUCCCCUGUGUCCUUCCUGACAGGCGUCGGAGAUGGCAGAGGAUGGCAGCGAAGAGAUCAUGUUCAUUUGGUGUGAAGACUGCAGCCAGUACCAUGACUCCGAGUGUCCCGAAUUGGGCCCAGUGGUCAUGGUCAAGGACUCCUUUGUCCUGAGCCGGGCAAGGUCAUCUCUUCCUUCUAACCUGGAGAUCAGACGGCUGGAAGACGGAACUGAGGGAGUAUUCGCCGUAACGCAGCUCGUCAAGCGAACCCAGUUCGGCCCAUUUGAGUCUCGGAGAGUUGCCAAGUGGGAGAAAGAAUCUGCAUUUCCACUGAAGGUGUUCCAGAAGGAUGGGCACCCCGUCUGCUUUGACACCUCCAACGAGGACGACUGCAACUGGAUGAUGCUGGUGCGGCCGGCGGUGGAGCACGAGCACCAGAACCUGACAGCCUACCAGCAGGACAGUGACGUGUACUUCACCACCUCGCGGGACAUCCCGCCCGGCACGGAGCUGCGCGUCUGGUACGCCGCGUUCUACGCCAAGAAGAUGGACAAGCCCAUGCUGAAGCAGGCCUGCGCCGGCACCCACGCUGCAGGCACCCCGGAGAGCAGUGCCCCCGUGGAAGCAGAGCCUAGCCAGUGGGCAUGCAAAGUGUGUUCCGCCACAUUCCUGGAGCUGCAGCUCCUCAACGAGCACCUGUUGACUCACUUGGAACAAGCCAAAGGAGCUCCCCCCACCAGCCAGAGCGAAGCAACUCCCGGGAAGGAACCAGAGGUCCCCCGUGGGGAGCUGCCCGCCGGUCCCCAGAGUGUCAGCGCCACCAAAGAGCAGAAGAAAAAGCCUCGAAGGGGGAGAAAGCCCAAGACACCAAGAACCGAGCAGCCUCUAGUCAUCGUGGAAGACAAGGACCCCGCAGAGCACGUGGCAGAGAUUGUCACCGAGGUCCCCCCGGACGAGCCCGUGAGCGCGGCCCCAGAUGAGCGCAUCAUGGAGCUGGUGCUGGGGAAGCUGGCCACCGCUACCAGUGAAAGUGGCUCCAUUCCAAAGUUCCCGCAUCACCCGCAUAGCACCAUCUCGCUCAAGAGGAGCUUGAUCCUCUCGAGCAGGCACGGCAUCCGGCGGAAGCUCAUCAAGCAGCUGGGUGAGCACAAGCGGGUCUACCAGUGCAACAUCUGCAGCAAGAUCUUCCAGAACAGCAGCAACCUAAGCCGACACGUGCGCUCGCACGGUGACAAGCUGUUUAAAUGUGAGGAAUGUGCAAAGUUGUUCAGCCGCAAGGAGAGUCUAAAGCAACACGUUUCUUACAAGCACAGCAGGAAUGAGGUGGACAGUGAGUACAGAUACCGGUGUGGGACUUGCGAGAAAGCCUUCCGCAUCGAGAGCGCGUUGGAGUUCCACAACUGCAGGACAGAUGACAAGACAUUCCAAUGUGAGAUGUGUUUCAGAUUCUUCUCCACCAACAGUAACCUUUCCAAACACAAGAAGAAGCAUGGGGACAAGAAGUUUGCCUGUGAGGUCUGCAACAAAAUGUUCUACCGCAAGGACGUCAUGCUCGACCACCAGAGACGGCACCUGGAAGGAGUGAGGCGGGUGAAGAGGGAAGACCUGGAGGCCAGCAGCGAGAACCUGGUCCGGUAUAAGAAGGAACCUUCCGGAUGCCCGGUCUGUGGCAAGGUGUUCUCCUGUCGGAGCAACAUGAAUAAGCACCUGCUGACCCACGGGGACAAGAAGUACACCUGCGAGAUCUGCGGGCGCAAGUUCUUCCGGGUGGACGUGCUCAGGGACCACAUCCACGUCCACUUCAAGGACAUCGCCCUGAUGGACGACCACCAAAGGGAAGAGUUCAUCGGCAAGAUUGGAAUCUCAUCCGAAGAAAACGAUGACAAUUCUGACGGGAGCGUUGACUCGGAGCCUCACAAGUAUAGCUGCAAAAGGUGCCAGCUCACCUUCGGCCGGGGGAAGGAGUACCUGAAGCACAUCAUGGAGGUUCACAAGGAGAAGGGCUAUGGCUGCAGCAUCUGCAACCGCCGCUUCGCCCUCAAGGCCACCUAUCACGCCCACAUGGUCAUCCACCGCGAGAACCUGCCAGACCCCAACGUCCAGAAGUACAUCCACCCCUGCGAAAUCUGCGGGCGCAUCUUCAACAGUAUCGGGAACCUGGAGAGGCACAAGCUCAUCCACACAGGUGUGAAGAGCCACGCCUGCGAGCAGUGCGGAAAGUCCUUUGCCAGGAAGGACAUGCUUAAAGAACACAUGCGUGUGCAUGACAACAUCCGCGAGUACCUGUGCGCCGAGUGCGGGAAAGGCAUGAAGACCAAGCACGCGCUGCGCCACCACAUGAAGCUGCACAAGGGCAUCAAGGAGUACGAGUGUAAGGAGUGCCACCGCAAGUUCGCCCAGAAGGUCAACAUGCUGAAGCACUACAAGCGCCACACGGGGAUUAAAGAUUUCAUGUGUGAAUUAUGCGGAAAGACUUUCAGUGAGAGAAACACAAUGGAGACCCACAAGCUCAUCCACACAGUGGGCAAGCAGUGGACGUGCUCAGUGUGUGACAAGAAGUACGUCACCGAGUACAUGCUGCAGAAGCACGUGCAGCUCACCCACGACAAGGUCGAGGCACAGAGCUGCCAGCUGUGCGGGACCAAGGUGUCCACCAGGGCCUCCAUGAGCAGACACAUGCGGCGUAAGCACCCCGAGGUCCUCGCCGUGAGGAUCGACGAUCUGGACCACCUCCCAGAGACCACAACCAUCGAUGCCUCCUCCAUCGGCAUUGUUCAGGUGAGCAGUGCAGAUGGGCCCUGUGGGCCACAGGCCAGGAGAGCUUCCAGACAGACAGACACAUGUGUCAAGCCAGAUGCGAGGGCUGCUGCGGGGAGCAGUGAGCGGGCGGCUGUGAGCCGCUGGCGCCUGAAGGGAAGGGUUCUUUUGUUCUCAAUUUUACAGAAACGAUUGACUGUUUUAUGUUGUGUGCAACUCUUCCAGGUGGUGGUGACGCUGGGUGACCCAAAUGUCACCACUCCAUCAAGCUCGGUCGGCUUGACCAACAUCACCGUGACCCCCAUCACCACUGCAGCUGGGACUCAGUUUACUAACCUCCAGCCGGUGGCUGUCGGUCACCUCACCACCCCAGAACGCCAGUUGCAGCUGGACAACUCCAUCCUGACUGUGACCUUUGACACCGUCAGCGGCUCUGCCAUGUUGCACAACCGCCAGAAUGACAUCCAGAUCCACCCGCCGCCGGAAGCCUCGAACCCACAGUCCGUGGCCCACUUCAUCAACCUGACCACUCUGGUGAACUCCAUCACGCCGCUGGGCAACCAGCUCAAUGAGCAGCACCCCCUGGCAUGGCGGGCGGUACCUCAGUCAGACGUCCUGCAACCGCCGCAGCCGCAGCCCCCGCAGCAGCAGGCAGCCCAGCCCCAAGUGCCGGCAGAGCAGCAGCAGCAGAUGUACAGCUAUUAA